AGCCAACAGAAGUAAAAAAUGACAGCCCUGGGCCCUGCGUGUAAUGUGGCUGUGUUGAGCUCUCUGCUUACCCCACAGCUGUGUCACUGGUGCCUCUUUCUGUGACUACUAGGCUUCUCACCAUAUCAAUGUGUACUCACCUCUGGUCGUUUGCUUUCCACCAAGCUUUUUCCAGGACAGCAAGUGACCGACAUCUCAUUUGUCUAGCAAGGCCUUGGUUUGCAUGCCCAGCACUCAGAUGCCUCCUCUGUACUGGCCUUUGUUAGAGAGUGCUUCUGUGGAACCUCCCAACAGCCUUGUAAGCCAGGCGCUAUCAGUCCCACAUGACAGAUGAAGAAAUGAGUACCUCAUAACUUGUCCAAGUUAGGAGGAAGCAAGAGUGGCCCAAAAGCCAGGAGAGCCCCACCCUAGAAAGGACAUUUGGGUCUGAAGAUUGCCAAGAUUGGAUACCUUCCAGGGGUGCUCAGAGGUGGGAGGAAGAAGGAUGCUGUUUGCCACUCUUCUAGAGAGAAUGGAUGGUGCAAGUGGCCACCAAAAUGACCACUAGGGACACUAGUGGAAAACAUACUUGUAAAUGCAUGUUUUCGCUGAGCUGCUUUCAUCUCUACACAAGUAUUUUCUAAGAAUCUAGAGUUCAGUAAGUGGUGUAUAUGUUUGUUUUUUGAGACAGGGUUUCUCUGUGUAGUCUUGACUGUCUUAGAACUCGUUCUAUAGACCAGGUUGGCCUCCAACUCAGAAAUCUGUCUCUUCCCCCCCCCAACCCCCACCCCCGAGUGCUGAGACUAAGAGUGGUAGCUAAGAGAUUAAGAGGCCUGGCUGUUCUUCCAGAGGAUGGCCUUUCAACUCCCAGCACCCACAUGGUGGCUUACAAACAUCAAAAUAAAUAAUACAAAAAAAAAAAAAAGGUUGGGGCUAGAGAAAUAACUCAGCAGUUAAGCAAAAACUGGGGCUGGGGAAAUGGCUCAGUGGUUAAGAGCACUGUGUGUUCAAAGGACUUGGGUUCAAUUCCCAGCACCCACAUGGCAGCUCACAACUGUCAGUAACCUCAAUUCCAGGGGAUCUGACACCUUCACACUAAUGCACAUAAAUUUAAAAAAAAGCAAAAACUGGUUGCUCUUCCGGAGGUCCCAGGUCCAAUACCCAGUUCUCACACAAUAUUUUGCGUCUAUAACUCCUAUUCAAGGGGUCCAGUGCCCUCUUCUGGUCUCCAAAGGCACCAGGCACUCAUGUAACACACAAUCAUAGAUGCAGGCAAAACACCCAUACACAAAAAACAUUAACAAGCAAGCAAGCUCAGGAGCUAACAUGGCUCAGAGGACAAAGAUACUGCCAACACUAUAACCUGAAUUCAAGCCCCAUAGCCCAUGUGAAGGCAGAAAGAAUGACUCCUGCAGGGUCGUCUGACCUCCAUAUGCAUGCUGUGGUAUGCACACAGAUAAAAUGUAAAAAAAAUUUUAAACAGGUCUGAAGGCUAGGCACAUGCUCUUAAUCCCAGCACUCGGGGCUGGGGAGAUGGCUCAGCAGUUAAGAGCACUGACUGCUCUUCCAGAGGACCCAGGUUCAAUUCCCAGUACCCACAUGGCAGCUCCCAACUGUCUGUAACUCCAAGAUCUGAUACUCUCACACUGACAUACAUGCAAACUAAACCCCAAUGCACAUAAAAUAAAAAUAAAUAGAUCCCAGCACUCAGAGGCAGAUGGAUAUCUGAGUUUGAGGCCAUCCUGGUCUACAGAGAGCUCCAGCACAGCCAGGGCUACACAGAGAAGCCCUGUGUUAGGGGGAGGUGCUUAAGAGAUGACUCAGUACCUAAAAGCACCAGUUGGUCUUUGCAGAGGACCUGGGACCCUCAGCGCCCCCAUGCUGGCUCACACCCAUCUGUAACUCCUGUUUCAGAGACUGACAGGUGCAGUGCACAUAACAGGCUCGGAGGCAGCCUUUAGUGCCUAGGAGCAAAAAAAUAGCCCCAGAAGACCAUGAUCCCUGAAUCUGUGUACUCUUGAGAGGCCAGACAGGUUCUCCUGGGCAAGAUGUCCUCAAUGGCCGUGAGAGUGUGGUCUCCUCAGCUGUCACUGGAAUCCAGGGUCCUUCAAAGAGGAGGGGCCCAAGGUGACAGAGGAGACAAAGAGCUGUUCUCUCUGUUAACUUGGAUGGUCAGGGGUGCUAGAGUGGCUAUGGGCAUUGGGCUAUUGGAGAGAGGACCACUGGCAUCUAUACAUGGCAGCUGUACCAGGCACUUGUGCACCAGCUAUACCAGGCUUGUGCUUCUCUUUGGGUUCUACUCUCCAGUUUGCAUGGGAGGAAAUUACUGCUCAGAGGGGUUCAGAAACCAGUUCACGACCAUACAGUGCUGGAGCUGGGCCUUCGUGGUUGCCUAGUGGCAACUCUACAGUUUGCUUUCCAAGCAAGUUUCUGUCAGCCCUCUGUGGCAGAGAGCCUCUGCUACCCAUUCCACAGAUGGACCAACUAAGGCCCCGAGUUAGCCCUGCAAAUGAGGCAUGCUUCAGUUACCGGGUAGGUCUACAGGACAGCUGGGCCCAGCCACAGGGGCCCACAAAACCGGCCCCGGGUUCUCUGACAGCUGCUGCGGGUGCACCAGUGCACCUGAGGAGAGCAGUCCAGGCCCGGUUUUGCACCAGGCCCUGCUGAGGUGUCUCCUCCUCCUUCACCACCUCAGGGCUGGGGCAGCAGCAGCUGGGCCAGUCAGCUUUCGUCCCCACUGCUCUUCGGGUCUCUGAAACUUUUUCCUGAAGAGCUGGAGUUGCUUUUGAAGUGCUCGCCCCUACUGGACCCCUACAGGAAGCUACAUAUGCCCAGCUGGGGCACAACCCCAGCUGAUGCCCCAGAGAGGCCACCCAUCUCAGGAGAGGCUUUGGGCCCUGCCCUGUCUUCCCAUGGCACAUGGGCCAGGACCUGAAGCUGAGGAAUUGCUGGACCUCAGCUUCCUGACAGAGGAGGAGCAGGAGGCCAUCGCCGAUGUCCUCAAACGAGAUGCCCACCUGCGCCAGCUGGAGGAAGGGCGGGUCAGCAAGCUCCGAGCCUCUCUGGCAGACCCCUGGCGGCUGAAGAUCCUGACAGGGGACUGGUUCCAAGAAGCACGCUCCCAGCGGCACCACCAUGCCCACUUUGGGUCUGACCUUGUCAGGGCCUCUAUCCGCAGGAAGAAGAGCCCCAGGGCCCCAGGGGACCAGGCUCUGGGAGGUAAUGGUGACACAGAGGCUGCUUCGAAAGACAGCGAUGAAGAUGAGCCGGUGUCCAGGGUCUCCAUAGAGGUGGCUCCUCCAGAGAGGCACAGUGAGACCCAAGGACCUGAUUUUCCCUCACCAUAUGUACCCUCAAAGGCUUCAGGUCAUGAGGAGCUGCCCCAGGCCCAGGAAGCUCCUGGCCAUGGAGGUGUGCAGGCGGCAGAGGCGGACCCAGAGCUGGAGCCUGAGCCAAGGGCGGAGCAGGAGUCACAGCCAUUGCCAGCCCAGAUCAAGACGACCCCCCAGAUCCUGGAGAAUGGGGAAGAGGCCCCGGGACUUGGUCCCUCGCCCGACCGCAUGCUCAGCAGCGGCUCCUCUGUGUCCAGCCUCAAUUCCUCCACGCUGAGCGGCAGCCUGAUGAGCCUGUCCGGGGAGGCCGAGGCGGGCUCCGUGCAGGUCCGCGGCUCCCUGCACUUCUCGCUGCGCUAUGAGCCUGACAGCGCCGAGCUUCGAGUGCAGGUGAUCCAGUGCCAAGGCCUGGCCCCCGCCCGGCGUCGCCGCUCCGACCCCUACGUGAAAAGCUACCUCCUCCCCGAUAAGCAGAACAAGCGCAAGACGUCGGUGAAGAAGCGGAACCUGAACCCCAUCUUCAACGAGACCCUGCGGCACUCCGUCCAGCAGGCUGACCUCCCGGGCCGCGUGCUGAGCCUGUCGGUGUGGCACCGCGAAAGUCUGGGUCGUAACAUCUUUCUGGGAGAGGUCGAAGUGCCCCUAGACACGUGGAACUGGGACUCCGAGGCCACCUGGCUCCCCCUGCAGCCGCGGGUUCCCCUCUCUCCGGACGAGCUUCCCAGCCGGGGACUGCUCUCUCUGUCCCUCAAGUACGUCCCUGCCGGCUCAGAGGGAGGAGGGCAGCCUCCGAGUGGGGAGCUACACUUCUGGAUAAAGGAAGCCCAGGGCCUUGUGCCACUGAAGCCGGGGACCCUGGACACCUACGUGCAAUGCUCGGUGCUGCCUGAUGACAGCCGGGCCAGCCGGCAACGUACGAGAGUGGUUCGGAGAAGCCUCAGCCCCCUGUUCAACCACACCAUGGUCUAUGACGGCUUUGGGCCUGCCGACCUGCGCCAAGCCUGUGCUGAGCUCACGCUGUGGGACCACGGAGCCCUGGCGAGUCGCCAGCUGGGGGGCACACGCCUCAGCCUUGGUACUGGCAGCAGCUAUGGGCUCCAGGUGCCCUGGAUGGAUUCCACACCCGAGGAGAAGCAGCUGUGGCAGACACUCCUGGAGCAGCCGUGUGAGUGGGUGGAUGGCCUUCUGCCCCUCAGAACCAACCUGGUCCCCAGGACGUAGCCCCGUCAAAUCCAGCUGUGAACCCCCACCUAAAGUACAUCCAUGCUGGAGUCAAUAAAGUCUGUUUGCGGA